AUGGGGGCGGCGGCGGCGGCGGGGAGCCGGGCCCGGUGCCGGUGCGGCGGGAAGGGGCGAGCCCGGCUGGACCCUUGCGGGGGGCUCUGCCUCCUCCUCACCUACCUGAGCGUGGGCUACGCCGAUUACGUCAUCCUGGAGCACAUCCUGCUCCAGGCCGGCUUCCGGGACAGCUUCUGGUGUCCUUUCCAUGCCGUGGCUUUUAACCUCGUCCUUCUGAUGCUCCUGAUCUGUCACACCAGGGCUGUGUUUGCCGAUCCAGGGGUGGUCCCGCUGCCGGACACCGCCCUCGAUUUCUCCGAUCUCAGGAGCAGCAACAGCAGCAACGCAGCGCAUCAGAACAGCCGUAAUAAUGAGGACUGGACCGUUUGCAACCGGUGCGAAACCUACCGGCCUCCCCGGGCUCAUCACUGCCAGAUUUGUCACCGUUGCGUCCGUCGGAUGGAUCAUCACUGCCCUUGGAUCAACAACUGCGUGGGAGAACUUAAUCAGAAAUACUUCAUCCAGUUCCUUUUCUACACAGGCUUGGCGAGUCUCUAUGCCAUGGGGCUGGUUUUGGCCACCUGGGUGUGGCCCCUGGACAGGAUCUCAGCCAGCAGAGCUGAAGGCUACGAAGGCGGCGUUGCCGGCACCCCGAUCCAAAUUGCUCACCGGAUCAUCUUGCUGGUGGAGUCCAUCAUCUUCGGCCUCUUUGUCACUGUGAUAUUUUACGACCAGGUGGUCUCCAUCAUCACCGACGAGACCCCCAUCGAGCAGCUGCGCAACCGGUUUCAGAAAGAGGGUCACCGGGGAGGGAGCCACACACGCAAACCCAAAAUAGCCCUCCUGCGCGAGGUCUUCGGCCGAGGUUUUGUCAUCUGCUGGUUUUUCCCCUGCAACUUCACCACGCCGUCCACCAGCGGGCCGGCUUACAGCUACUUGCCCAACUACGACGUCUGAACGUCCUCUGGCCCGCCGUCCUUCUCUCCGCUCGCUUCUCUUUCUCUUUUUGUGGCGGGGGGGAAAGAACCGAGGCAUGCCCCCCCCCAAUUCAUCAGCUUCAGCAAAAGAAGACCACCCGGCGAGGUGACCCUAAACUGGAACGGCUCGCUUCAAAGGCCGAAAGGGGCUCGGCGGAUUGGCUGGCCUUCGAAUCUCGGCACCGUCUUACCUCUUCCUUUGAACUCCUGCAGUGGUGGUAUUCAGCCGGUUCGGGCGAAUCGGUAGCAGCGACUGCAGGAGGCUCCACCUGCCCGGACGUCAUCAUGUCCUGCUUUUGACGCUCUGCACAUGUGCGCUCGCUCGCAUGUGCAAAUGCAAACCAGUAGCGAAGGUAAGUGAGUACCACUCCUGAACUCCUGGCCCAUGGUGCACUUCUUCGAACAGCCGUCCGUGCUUAUAGCCGGCACGAGAGAGUUUUUGGACGAAUAGCUUGGACCGCAAAACAGAAAUGGGACGUGUGACUCGUAAACUCUUCCCGAGAGACCAGAUCUCCCGACGUCCAAGAAACGAGAAAUCCCCGGGGUGAAGCCGGAAUCGUUUCUGUCAUUGGUAGAUCAGUCGAUUACUCUUAAUCCUGACCUUCCCUUACGAAGCCCGUUGGGCCCCCAGACAGGAGUUCAGCAGGUAGGGAAGGCCUAAAAUUGACGUCCCUUUCGGCUUGCCCCACGCCCCCAGCUUGAUUAAAUACAGCUGCUCCUCCACUUACGACCACGGUGGGGAAACCAGCGGUGCUUUCCGUCGCUAAGCGAGGCGCUCGUUCGGCGACCCGCAGUUCGAUUUGACGAACUUUUUUUUUAAUUUUAUUUUUUUUUAAGUCCAUCGCUGCAGCUGUUAAGCGAAUCGCACCAUCCAUAAGCAAAUCUGGAUUCCCCCACCCCCCUCCAACCGUUUUUUUCUGGUCCCGUCGUAACUUCGAACAAAUGGUUGUAAGCGAAGGACCUACCGUAUUUAAAUCGGGGAGCUUUGGAUCUCCCGCUCUAGCAUUUGCGGGAGGUACACUUCUAUCCCCCUCGUUCCAGAAAACAGCCAGGUCAGUCCCGAAAAAUAGGGACCACGCCUUCCCGAACACAAAAGCUCAGCGUCCCUCUUCGUUGUGAGUGUGAUCCCUUUUUGCUUUGCAAGCCCCCCACCCCCAACUCUUCCACUCCAGCUCCUUUCAGGUCCUGGGUUCAGAUCCUACUUACCUCUCCCGAGAGACCUGGUUAAAGAAACGUACAUUUUUACCUACUCAGUUUGUCUCCUUGUUUCACGGCGAUGAGCCGCGAAACACAUUCACCACCCUAUUUUUUUCACUGCUGGGGGGGGUGGGCAGAGUGUCCCCCCUCGACCUCACCCUUCCUGGCAAAACAAGGCAUAAGAUUCCUUUUUUUACCCAGAAUUUUCUCUCCUGCCUCCUCCAAACCCGUCCCCUGGCCCCCUGUUUACCUGUAAAUAGACUUUAUUUAUUAACUUUAUUUAUUGAGGCUGCCUCAUCGGCGGUUUUAAAAAAACAGACAAACGGGUAGCAGUUCCAUCAGCAGAUGGAUGAACUUCCGGGAAUGAACUUCACCGUCGGUGCUCAAAUCGGGCGACGGCUGGCUCUUCCUUCCCUGUUUCGGAUCCCUGGGGCUGAUAGAAGCUGGGAUCUGUUCUGGCUAGAUCAGUAUUUCUCAUCCUUGGCCACUUUAAGAUGGGUGGACUUCAACUCCCAGAAUUCCCAAGCUAGCAUGCUUUAAGAUGGGUGGACUUCAACUCCCAGAAUUCCCCAGUUAGAAUGCUUUAAGAUGGGUGGACUUCAACUCCCAGAAUUCCUCAGUUAGAAUGCUUUAUGAUGGAUGGACUUCAACUCCCAGAAUUCCCCAGUCAGAAUGGUUUAAGAUGGAUGGACUUCAACUCCCAGAAUUCCUCAGUUAGAAUGCUUUAUGAUGGAUGGACUUCAACUCCCAGAAUUCCUCAGUUAGAAUGCUUUAUGAUGGAUGGACUUCAACUCCCAGAAUUCCUCAGUUAGAAUGCUUUAUGAUGGAUGGACUUCAACUCCCAGAAUUCCCCAGUCAGAAUGCUUUAUGAUGGAUGGACUUCAACUCCCAGAAAUUCCUCAGUUAGAAUGCUUUAUGAUGGAUGGACUUCAACUCCCAGAAUUCCUCAGUUAGAAUGCUUUAUGAUGGAUGGACUUCAACUCCCAGAAUUCCUCAGUUAGAAUGCUUUAUGAUGGAUGGACUUCAACUCCCAGAAUUCCUCAGUAGAAUGCUUUAUGAUGGAUGGACUUCAACUCCCAGAAUUCCCCAGUCAGAAUGCUUUAUGAUGGAUGGACUUCAACUCCCAGAAUUCCUCAGUUAGAAUGCUUUAUGAUGGAUGGACUUCAACUCCCAGAAUUCCCCAGUCAGAAUGCUUUAAGAUAGGUGGACUUUAACUCCCAGAAUUCCCAGUCAGAAUGGUUUAAGAUGGGUGGACUUCAACUCCCAGAAUUCUCCAGUCAGAAAGCUUUAAGAUGGAUGGACUUCAACUCCCAGAAUUCCCUAGUCAGAAUGCUUUAUGAUGGAUGGACUUCAACUCCCAGAAUUCCUCAGUCAGUAAGCUUUAAGAAGACUCUAAUUCCAUGCAAAUUUCACGACACCCCCUCUGAGUCGCAUCCAGAACCACCAUCCCACGGGCGCAAAUUUGCAAAACUGACAAUUCAUUAAAAAAAAAACCCCGAAAACCCACCAACCCACCAAAAACGCGGACUUCGAAUGUGCAAACUACACCUGCUUUUUACUCCUCCGAGUAAACACCUGAGAUAAACAUCGAUAAUGUUCCGAGUUAAGAAUCUCGCCCUUCCUUUCCUUGAGAAACCUUAUUUGCAGAUUUAAAAAAAAAAAAAAUGGGCUGGAAGAGCUCAGAUGGAAAAGAUUUUGGAGCAAAGAGAGUUUGUUUAUUUUUUUUUAAAAGCAGGCUUAUCCAAUUUGUACGUUGCGAAAGCAGAUCUAAACUUGCAGAAACAUCUGUCGGAGGCAACAGCUGCAUGGAUAGAUCGUGCUGGGGGUGCUUAGCGCAUUGCGCAAACUUGCCCCGUGUUGUUACUUCCCGGUUUGGCAUCUUGUGAAACCCAGAAAAUGAAUGAAUUCAGCUAUCGGGAUCUCAAAUUAACUCGGAUGCUUCCGAAAAGAAUUCAGUGUACGGCUAAUCCUCGACUUAAGAUCCACAAUUGAGCCUCCGAUUCCUGUUUCUCUAAGCGAGAAACUUUCGUUAAGCGAGUUUUGCACCAUUUUACGAUUUCCCCCCCCCGCUGCCGUUGUUAAGCGAAUCGCUGGCCGUUAAGUUAGUCACAUGGUCGUUAAGCGAAUCUGCCUCGCUUACCGCCUGACCUCGGGACACCGCCACCGUCUGUCGCCAAGCCUCCGAAUUUUGAUCCCGUGGCUGUGAGGACGCGGCAACCGUCGUAAGCGUGAAAAAUCAUUUUCGCAUGCCGUUGUCAUUUCAAACGGUCACUAAACGAACCAUUGUAAGUCGAGGACUAUCUGUAUUUGCCUCAGUGGCCCUUCUCACCCACCUCAUCCGUUUGGACAAUUGGAGAGGCCUUGCUGAACAUCGGUGCCUCACGUGUAUUUUGGGGUGGUUAAUUUGGGGACCCAAAAAUGUAUUUUUUUUUCCCCUCCUAAAAUAAUCAACUGGACUUUUUUGUUUUUUCCUUUGAAAACCUUUCGCUUCUCCUCCGAGGAGCUUCUUCGCUUCGUUUCUUGGAUGCGAAAGCGAGAUGUUUUCAAGGAAAAAAACAAGAAAAUCCCGUUAAAUGUUUGGGAAGAAAACAAACAAACAAACAGAUGAUGGAGAAUCUCCAAAGACACUGAAUUUGGGAAUGUUUUGCUCGUGGGAAAAUCCAGGUGCAUUUCUCAGAGUCCGCCGUUGGAUGGGUGGAGCUGAACAGUACAUACCUAUAAACAUGUAUCUCCGUC